AUGGAAAGAAAGCUCCUAAAGAAGGAAAUGAAAAAACUCCUGGGAGAUUAUAUUGGCAUCAGACUUCGGGAAAAUGAAUUUGACCCAAAAGGAAGAAGGCAACUCACCUUUCUAGAUGAUAUGGCACACUAUGACUUGGCCAUCAAUGUUGCUUUGCAAUGGCUGGAUCACUUGGAAGACUUCACUUGGCUGGAGUGGGAGAAAGUGAAAAUGCCAUUUCAUGGCAGACCCACAUAUCCAAACCGGAAAGAAAGAGAAGCAAUGAUUUUAUCAUCUUACGCUGGAAUCUUAAUGAACAGUCUCCCAGUUGAGGAAAUCUUUAAAAUGUAUGGAGCCGAUUCUUCUACCAAUUCUGGGGCCACCAAGGUUCCCCGAGCUCCACCUUUCCGCCUCUCCUUGCACCCCUUUGCCAUGUUAACGGCACCCAAAGCAGCAGAAUACGCCCGCAAACAGGGUGUCAAGUUAAGAAGGGGAGCAAACAAAAACGCCGCCAGCAGCUCUGCAAGGGAAGUACAUGUCACAGCGUGGAAAUCAUCAAAAAAUGUAUCUUUGGACAUCCAGCCCAAGAACAAAAAACAGGUGCAAAAACCGGUGUUUCGUUUGUUGGCUUUUGCUGAAAAUGGUGGGGUGUCCCGAUGCGGUGGUAUGGCUGGGGAGACCGAUGCCGCCUUUUCCACACGGGUUCAGUUGCGGCUGUAA